UCUCUCUCCUCCCCGCCGCGCGUCGGGCGGGAACCGCGGACAUGGGCCCCACCUGGAGGAGCCCCGGGCGGGUGCGUCUGGCGCUGUGCCUGGCCGGUUUCCUGCUUUCCGUGUACUCUCUGCACGUGAAGGCGGCGCGCGCCCGCGAUCGGGACUACCGCGCGCUCUGCGACGUGGGCACCGCCAUCAGCUGUUCCCGCGUCUUCUCCUCCAGGUGGGGCCGUGGCUUCGGACUGGUGGAACAGGUGUUGGGAGCAGAUAGCAUCCUCAAUCAAUCCAACAGCGUAUAUGGUUGCAUUUUCUACACGCUACAGCUGUUGUUAGGUGAGUGGCUCCACCCCUUCCCUGCAGGCUCCGCCCACUCAAACCUGCUUCUCCCCCCUAGGCCAGUGCAGCCCCACCCAAACUACGCGUGUCUGGGGCUUGGUGACCCUGACAGUUGA